GGGUGAGUAAUUACUUAUUUGUCUGUUUUGUUUAUUGACAACCAAUAACACAAGACAAAGAACAGACCAGAGUGUUAAUCUGAUACUAUAAAAACUACAGGCCUUGUGAACAGCAGUGUGUCUUCUUCAAGGCUACAAAUUAAAACAGUUUCUUUACAUUUAUCAAUACUCUCCCCAAAUGUUCUCAAGGUUGGUUGUAUAAAGAUGUAUAGAUGUUCUUCAAAUUAUCCAGACUUUUCAUAUCAUCGAUCGCCCACAGAAUAUCUGCUAUGGAGGUCAACAUUUCACAUAGUUCUCCCACAAUAUAUAUAUGCCAAAGAGGUCAACAUUUCACAUAUCCCUCCCACAAAAUAUCUGUUGUUAAGCUCAACAUUAUCAAUACUCUCCCCAAAUGUUCUCAUGGUAGGUUGGAUUAAUAUGUAUAGAUGUUCUUCAAAUUCUACUGAAUGUAUAUUCCAUAGAACCCUGCAUCCUGACAUAAUAUCCUGUAUCUGACUAUCUAACCUCUUCAAGGUUAGGAGCGUUUGUCACAAAUUAAGUGGUAAACUGUCAUGCUUUGUGCGGUUUUAGGACUUUGUCCAUGAGCCGUUGAAAGGUGGCCGGGGCCUAGUGUGGCAAAUGCCGAAUGGCAUGACGGUGUAUUGAAACAAACCGUCUUUUCUUUGGCCCUGGGGGUCAGAGGAAUUUGCCAGUACCCUUUUGUCAGAUCAAGUGUCGUAAUGUACCGAGCAUUACCAAUUUUCUCCAGCAGUUCAUCUACUCGGGGCAUGGGGUAGGCAUCAAACUUGGAGAUUUCAUUUACCUUCCGAAAGUCGUUACAGAACCGCAAAGACCCAUCGGGCUUGGAGACCAUCACAAUUGGGCUAGACCACUCACUAUGUGACUCUUUGAACCCUCCAGCUGUCAACAUUUUCUCCGUCUCUGCUCUAAUCGCGGCCCGUCGAGCCUCGGGUACCCGAUAUGGCCUCAAACUCACUUUUCUCCCUGGUAGGGAAACAAUAUCAUGAGCCGUAACCUCAGUUCGGACAUCUCUGUUUUUCUGGAUCAGGGUCUUUACUUCCUGUACUUGCGCUGGGGACAGAGUGGGUGAAAUAUUUACUUCGGCUGUCUCCUGAAUGUGUGUGGGGUAUGUGACCAUUGUUUCUCUCUCUCUCCAUGCUUUUAACAGGUUUAUGUGAUAAAUCUGUUCCUGGGGCCGUCGACCUGGCUGUCGGAUCCGAUAAUUGACUUCUCCUAUUCUCUCCAGUACUUCAUAUGGUCCUUUCCAUGUGGCUAGUAGUUUACACUCUACCGUGGGGAUCAGCACUAACACCUUAUCUCCCGGUUGAAAUUCCCUCAGGGUAGCCUGUCGGUUAUAAGUGUGCCGCUGGUGUUCUUGUGUUUGUCUCAUGUGCUCUCUGACGAUGGGCAUGACUGGUUAUCCUGUCUUGCAUUGCCGUGACGUGCUCUAUGAAACUAGUAUACGGGGUGGAUUGGUGCUCCCAGGUUUCCCGGGCGAUGUCUAAGAUUCCCCGGGGAUGCCUCCCAUAUACCAGCUCAAAGGGAGAAAACCCCAGCAAGGCUUGAGGAACCUCUCUAAUGGCAAACAUCAGAUACGGCAACAUGCAAUCCCAGUUUUUCCCAUCCUUAUCGAUUACCUUCCUGAGCAUUGACUUCAGGGUUCGGUUGAAUCUCUCAACCAGCCCGUCCGUCUGAGGAUGGUAAAUCGAUGUCCUCAACUGUUUCACCUGCCACAGAGGUCCGCCAUAAGGCGGGACAUAAAGGGGGUCCCCUGGUCGGUAAGGAUCUCCUUUGGAACCCCUACCCUGGUGAACAAGAGCACUAAUUCCUUUGCGAUAUUUUUGGAAGCCAUCGUCCGAAGGGGAAUGGCUUCUGGGUAGCGAGUGGCAUAAUCUAGAAUGACCAGAAUGUAUUGGUGCCCUCUGGCGGAUUUGGGUAGUGGGCCCACUAAAUCCAUCGCUAUCCUCUCAAAUGACGUUUCGAUGAUGGGGAGUGGCACUAACGGGCUUCUAACAGCUGGUCGGGGAGCUGUUAACUGGCACUCCGGGCACUCUCCACAAUGCCGAGCCACUUCAGCUUGAAUUCCUGGCCAGUAAAACCUCCUUACAAUCCGGUCUCAGGUUUUAUCGAUACCAAGGUGUCCACCCAGAAUGUGCCCAUGAGCUAGAUCCAGUACUGUCCUCCGGUACCGAGUGGGAACCAACAACUGUUCCACCACAUCAACCCCUAUUUUCGAGACUCUGUACACCAAACACUUUUUCAUGAUGAAGUGGGGAAAACUAUUAGGCAUCAUCCCAACAUUUAUGGGAGUACCAUCUACGACUUGCACAUCUGCUCUGGCUUGCUGCAGGGUUGGAUCCUGGUUUUGGGCCGUCCCGAAAUUAGUCAAGGACCCUGCCAGGUCUGCUGGUUCUAGAUCGUCGUCCUCAGCCCCACUAGUACCGGGCUGUUCGUUAUCAGCGAGGUUUGCCACUUCAUCCUCCUCCUCCCCUACUAGCACCUGUGAUGUUGUGCCCUGGGAGACCUCUUUUCUUGGCUUUGGUUGAAGGCCCCAUGCUUCGUCCUGCUUGGUCAGGGUUGUUGGCUUCUCAAAUAUGCCAUUCUUGUGGCCUAACUUUGCAAAGUUAGGAAAGUCUCUACCCAAUAUUACAUCAUAUGGCCUCUUUGGGACCACGCCGACCUCAUAAUCCAGCAGACCGUCCUCUCGAAGGUGGUAAGAUAUGCUUCCACAUCAUCCUGCGCUGUCAUUUUUCGAAGAAAAUUAUUGGCCCUCCUCUGGUAUUUGCAGCUGGUAAUUGAGCCCCAAUUUGGUCCGCAAGCCCCUUUAGGCCUUCUCUUAACUCCCGGGUGUUUCUCUCCUGCUCUUCUCUGAGCAGCUGGUUGGUGAGGUGCUGUACCUGUAACGUGUCCUGAUACAUUCGCAUUGCAUCCUGAUGAGCGAUUUGUUGAGCUCUAGUUGGGCGGCCGCCGCUUGUAACAGGGCCUGUAUGGCUCCCUCCAUACUCAUUUUCCUGAAAAACUGUCCCAACCAAACAAAGCCACAAAAAAAAAACCUGACUCCCCUUUGGAGUGCUAACUGAACAUUUUUUAUUUUUCUUCUACCUAACCAGUGGUAUGGUUAGUCCAUGCCCGCAUUCUCCACCACGUGUGGCAAACCCUCUUCAAGGUUAGGAGCGUUUGUCAAAAAUUAAGUGGUAAACUGUCACCAAAUCACCCAAGAAUGAGAGUUCUUUCAAACAGGACAGUACCUGUGUGUUUGUUUCUCCGUCCUGGUCCACCCAGGCCGUAGGCGAGGUCAAGGAUAGCAGGGUGCGGUACACGAAUCGGGUUCUCGGUAGGUCCAGGUCCAAACACCAACAGUCUCAGGAUCAGAGUAUUUACAACAUGAGACCCAGGAGGACAAGCUGAAGAGGGAGGCAUCAGCUGGUGAGCUUGAGUUGAAGAUGUUUAUAGAGAUGAUGAAACAACUAGAGGAGAAAGACACACAACUGGAUGAUAUGACACAGGAAGUGAGAGAGAAAGACACACAACUAGAUGAUAUGACCCAGGAAGUGAGAGAAAAAGAGAGACUCCUGGAUGAUAUGACCCAGGAAGUGAGAGAGAAAGAGAGACUCCUGGAGGAGAAGAACCAGAUAAUGGAACAGAGGGACAAACUAUUAGAAGAGAAAGACAAGCAACUAAAGGAUAGAGACAUUCAACUAGAGGACAGAGACCACAGACUGGGAGAGAAGGACAAACAACUAAAGGAUAGAGACAUUCAACUAGAGGCUCUGAGAAAGAACCUGCAGGACAAGAACAGCCAAGUAGACAACUUCAGAGUCCUACUGCAGGAAAAAGACUUUCAACUAGAGGACAGGAACCACAGACUGGGAGAGAAGGACAGACUACUGGAAGAGAGAGACAAACUACUGGAAGAGAGAGAAAAACAACUGGAAGAGAGAGACAAAGUACUGAAGGGAAAAGAAAAUGAACUAAAAGAGAGGAGACAGGAAGUAGAAGAGAAAGACAACCUACUAGAGGAGAGAGAGAACCAGUUAAAUGAUAGAGACUUACAGGUGGAGGAUGUCAACAAUGAAAAUGCUGAACUGGCUCAACAGAUAUGUGAUGUGAAGACUGAGGUAGAGAGACUGAGAAGAGAGAUCUCAGCCCAGAUGACUGAACAUGGAGAGACGUCAGAUACAGGUUCCAUCCUCCCAGUCAGGAGGAGACAGAGCCUGGAGGAUCCUCCACUUAGUGAGUUAUCAAUAUUGUCCUGUUGUCUCCUACUGUUUCUAGUCUAUAGUGGACCAUCCUUCACUUAGUGAGUUAUCAAUAUUGUCCUGUUGUCUCCUACUGUUUCUAGUCUAUAGUGGACCAUCCUUCACUUAGUGAGUUAUCAAUAUUGUCCUGUUGUCUCCUACUGUUUCUACUCUAUAGUGGACCAUCCUCCACUUAGUGAGUUAUCAAUAUUGUCCUGUUGUCUCCUACUGUUUCUAGUCUAUAGUGGACCAUCCUUCACUUAGUGAGUUAUCAAUAUUGUCCUGUUGUCUCCUACUGUUUCUAGUCUAUAGUGGACCAUCCUUCACUUAGUGAGUUAUCAAUAUUGUCCUGUUGUCUCCUACUGUUUCUAGUCUAUAGUGGACCAUCCUUCACUUAGUGAGUUAUCAAUAUUGUCCUGUUGUCUCCUACUGUUUCUACUCUAUAGUGGACCAUCCUCCACUUAGUGAGUUAUCAAUAUUGUCCUGUUGUCUCCUACUGUUUCUAGUCUAUAGUGGUCCAUCCUUCACUUAGUGAGUUAUCAAUAUUGUCCUGUUGUCUCCUACUGUUUCUACUCUAUAGUGGACCAUCCUUCACUUAGUGAGUUAUCAAUAUUGUCCUGUUGUCUCCUACUGUUUCUAGUCUAUAGUGGACCAUCCUUCACUUAGUGAGUUAUCAAUAUUGUCCUGUUGUCUCCUACUGUUUCUAGUCUAUAGUGGACCAUCCUUCACUUAGUGAGUUAUCAAUAUUGUCCUGUUGUCUCCUACUGUUUCUACUCUAUAGUGGACCAUCCUUCACUUAGUGAGUUAUCAAUAUUGUCCUGUUGUCUCCUACUGUUUCUAGUCUAUAGUGGACCAUCCUUCACUUAGUGAGUUAUCAAUAUUGUCCUGUUGUCUCCUACUGUUUCUAGUCUAUAGUGGACCAUCCUUCACUUAGUGAGUUAUCAAUAUUGUCCUGUUGUCUCCUACUGUUUCUACUCUAUAGUGGACCAUCCUCCACUUAGUGAGUUAUCAAUAUUGUCCUGUUGUCUCCUACUGUUUCUAGUCUAUAGUGGACCAUCCUUCACUUAGUGAGUUAUCAAUAUUGUCCUGUUGUCUCCUACUGUUUCUAGUCUAUAGUGGACCAUCCUUCACUUAGUGAGUUAUCAAUAUUGUCUCAAACUGUCAUCAAUCUUGAUAUUCUCUAUGUUCUCCAAUGAUCUAUAUUUCACUAUGAUGUGUAAUGUAUGUGUAAUGUAUGUGUAAUGUAUUUGUAAUGUAUUUGUAAUGUAUUUGUAAUGUAUUUGUAAUGUAUGUGUAAUGUAUGUGUAAUGUAUUUGUAAUGUAUUUGUAAUGUAUUUGUAAUGUAUUUGUAAUGUAUUUGUAAUGUAUUUGUAACGUAUUUGUAGUUUGUUUAUACUAUGUUUUAAAUGUGUCUCUAAUGAGUCAGUAUGUUGACCAGUUCUCUAUGUUGUGUUACAGUGAGAGGAGAGACCUCAGAUACAGACCCCACACUUCCACUGAGGAGGACAAACAGCAUGGAGUUAAAACCUUUUACGGCUGCUGUCCCUGUACAGGGACCAAAUCAGCGGAAAUUUCAGAGCGCCAACUAGUACUCUAUACAACUCAAACUUUCAUUAAAACACACAUGCAGGGUACUCAAUUAAAGCUACACUUGUUGUGAAUCUAGCCAACAUGUCAGAUUUGUAAAAUGCUUUUCAGCGAAAGCAUGAGAAGCUAUUAUCUGAUAGCAUGCAACCCCCGAAAUACCCAAAGGGGACGUAAACAGAAAUAAUUAGCGUAGCCGGAGCUAAACAAAACGCAGAAAUAAAAUAUAAAACAUUCAUUACCUUUGACGAGCUUCUUUGUUGGCACUCCUAUAUGUCCCAUAAACAUCACAAUUGGGUCUUUUUUUCGAUUAAAUCGGUCCAUGUAUACCCAAAAUGUCCAUUUAUGAAGUCUGAUCCAGGAAAAAGCACCUUUCUAAAACGCAACGGCGUUUUUUUAAAUUAAAAAAGUUGCCUAUAAAGUUUGACAAAACAUUUCAAACUACCUUUCUAAACCAACUUUAGGUAUUAAUAAACAUUAAUAAUCGAUCAAAUUGAUCACAGGGCGAAUUCGAUAGCAGCAAGUCUUGAAAUCAUCGUCCAUAUUCUCCCUUUCAUAACUUCCUUCGGUGGACCCCAAGACAGGAAGUGCCUAUACGUCAUCCCACCAAGGAUAAACUACAACUGAAUUGCCAGUACUGGCGACAUCGUGUGGAAGCUGUAGGCAUUGUAAACAGGGCUCUAUCUAUUUUCCCUUGCCUUAGACAAAACAGAGACUGGCGGAUGGAUAUUUUUUGUGUGUUUUUGAUGAACAGUUUUCCUUGCGAUUUUGUCUCCUGAACACGUUCUGUUAUAGCAUGAUUUAACCAGUUUUAGAGACUUCAGAGUGUUUUCUAUCCACACAUACUAAUCAUAUGCAUUUACUAUAUUCCUUUCAUGAGUAGCAGGACGUUGAAAUCUUGCGCGAUUUUUAACAAAAAGCUGCGAAAAUUCGCAGCCUCCCUAACAGGUUUAAAUCCUCCACAUAGUGAGUUAUGGAUGUAGAUUUUCAUGAUAUAUUUCACACUGUUGUACAUCCUCCAGAGAGUCAGAGUGUUGAUCAGUGCUGUGUGUUGUGUUGCAGUGGGAGGAGAGAGUGAGCAGCAGUCCAGACUCCCCAGUGUCUCCCAGUGUGUCUGAGCUGAGACUGGUGCUGCUGGGGAGGACUGGGGCUGGGAGGGGUGCAGCAGGAUACACCAUCCUGGGCAGAGAGGAGUUUGGGGCCCAGGCCAGCCCCUCUGCAGUGACCCAGAGGAGUAAGAGGAGAGAGGGGGACGUGUGUGGGAGACGGCUGGUGCUGGUGGACACUCCAGACUGGUUCUGUCCUGGACUCUCUCUGGAGGAGAUGAGACAGGAUGUGGGGCUCUGUGUCCGUCUGUCUGCCCCGGGACCCCACGCCUUCCUGCUGGUCAUACCAGUGGAGACCUCCAAGGGGGAGGAGAGAGGGGUGCUGGAGAGAAUAGAGGAGAUGUUUGGGGAGGGUUGUUGGGGACACACUGUGAUUCUAUUCACCCAUGAUGAUGGACUGAAAGAGCAGAGCAUUGAGGAGUUUAUCCAAGCAGGAAGUCAGGACCUCCAGCAGCUUGUAGAGAAAAGUGGGAGCAGGUACCACGUCCUCAACAUUAAGGACAGGGCCCAUGGCACUCAGGUAUCAGAGCUGCUGGAUCAGGUAGAGGAGAUGGUGGCAGGAAACAGAGAGAGAUUCUACAGCAGUCAGACCUACCAGGAGGGAGAGGACCAGGUUAGAGAGAUGGAGGGAAAGAUCCAGAGAGAGAGAGGAGAGAGGAAACAGAGGGAGGAGAGAGACUUGAGAGAGAGGCUUCAGAAGGAGUUGCAGGACUCUCUGAUAAAGAUAGAGGGAGUGAUCCAGGAACAUGAGGGAGAUAUCAGAACACUCAGUGAAAGAACCAGUGAACUGGAGAGACAGGUGAAAGAAGAGAGGGAUGAGGAGAAGAAAAGAGAGCUGGAGAGGGAGCUGAAGAGGGAGUCUGAUAGGAGGGAGGAGAUAGAGAGAAAGCUGGAGAGAUUUAGAGAGAAGAGGGAGAAUGAGAGGAGGGAGAUGGAGGAGAGACACAGACAGGAGAUGGAGAACUAUGAAGGAGAGGCCAGAGUUGAAGCAGAGAGAAACCUGAUGAAGAUAGUCCUGCCUGAGUUACAGAGGAGCAUCAUGAUCUCACAGACAAAGAUGGAGAGGGAGUUCAGCAGACAGAUGGAGGAGAAGGAUAGACAGAUGGAGGAGAAGGAUAGAGAGAUGGAGGAGAAGGAUAGAGAGAUGGAGGAGAAGGAUAGAGAGAUGGAGGAGAAGGAUAGAGAGAUGGAGGAGAAGGAUAGAGAGAUGGAGGAGAAGGAUAGAGAGAUGGAGGAGAAGGAUAGACAGAUGAAGGAGAAGGAUAGACAGAUGAAGGAGAAGGAUAGAGAGAUGGAGGAGAAGGAUAGAGAGAUGGAGGAGAAGGAUAGAGAGAUGGAGGAGAAGGAUAGAGAGAUGGAGGAGAAGGAUAGAGAGAUGGAGAAGGAUAGAGAGAUGGAGGAGAAGGAUAGAGAGAUGGAGGAGAAGGAUAGACAGAUGAAGGAGAAGGAUAGAGAGAUAAAGAGACUGAAACAGAACUCAGAGGUGAAAUGAGCAGGCAACAUGCACAGCGAGAACCAAUAGGAAUUAGAGGAGGAAGAGAGGGAAGAAGGAUGAGUAGGAUGAGACAACUGUUUUGUGUAGGGGUUAGAGAGGAGACUAGUUAGAGACAACUGUUUUGUGUAGGGGUUAGAGAGGAGACUAUUUAGAGAGACAACUGUUUUGUGUAGGGGUUAGAGAGGAGACCAGAUAGAGACAACUGUUUUGUGUAGGGGUUAGAGAGGAGACUAGUUAGAGACAACUGUUUUGUGUAGGGGUUAGAGAGGAGACCAGAUAGAGAGACAACUGUUAUGUGUAGGGGUUAGAGAGGAUACCAGAUAGAGAGAACUGUUAUGUGUAGGGGUUAGAGAGGAGACCAGAUAGAGAGGAGACUAGAUAGAGAGGAGACUAGUUAGAGAGGAGACUAGUUAGAGAGGAGACCAGAUAGAGAGAACCCCACUGUAUUUUCCUCCACAGUCACACUUUUACCACAGUCACACUGUUGUUUUCUAUUUGCUGACCUUCAUCAAUCAAAGUUCAUCAGGAUACUGCUGUUGUUAUGAUGUUAUGUUUCAAGUUGAAACCUUAAACAUAUCUCUACAGUUCUCGCUAGUGGACAGACAGGCAACACUCUGUUCACGUAACAUUUGGUUCAGGGUUCAGAGGUCACAGUGAAGGAUUGAUGAGUAAUACAUGUGUUUAUUAUGGUAUGUUAGUUGAGCCCAUUACCCAGUGGGUAGUAAUCUGUGAUGUGGAUGUAGCUUCCAGUUACCAUGGUGAUGUCUCAUAUUGAUGCUGGGAAUCUAUCCCAAUGGAACUCUGUUACCACAUGAGACUGAUAUUGUUGAAAUAAAGAAAUUUAACUUUGUAAGACA